GUGCCCCAUGUCUGCCUCAAGGACCCCCAUGUCCACCUGUGGGACCCCCCACGUCUACCUUGGGUGUCCUGUGUCCACCUGUGGGACCCCCACAUCCACCUGCAGGACCCCUGUGUCCACCCCAGGGCCUCGAGGAACGUCCUGUGGGUGAUUGAGGGGACCUCCUGCGACCUGCCCUGGCAGGCUGCCCUCUUCAAAGGCGAGAAGUUCAUCUGCGGGGGGACGCUGGUGAACAAGAACUGGGUGCUGACGGCCGCCCACUGCCACGUCCCGGGCUUCAUCAGCGUGCGGCUGGGGGGCCAGAGCCACAAGGACUCAGGUGGCACCGAGCAGUGGCGGCUCUCGGCCAAGGUCUUCAAGUACCCACGCUACAAUGAGACCAACAAGGACGGCGACCUGAUGCUCAUCAAGUUCCUCCUGCCCGUCCACGUCAACAAGCAGGUGAAGCCGCUGCCACUGGCCUCCCACUGCCCCGUGCCCGGCAAGACCUGCCAGAUCGCAGGCUGGGGGUCCACCACCAGCCCUGAAGGGAACCCAGGCGUCCGGGUGACCCGGUCAGGGCACCAGGAAGCCUUGGAGCUCCUGCUCGGUGCCAACAAGAAGAAGAGGGGAGAUGAGCUCCAGGGCAAAGAGGACAAGAGGUCCAAGCUGGGUCCGGGCUGGAUCACUUGGGUGGAUCCCCAGAGACAGGAUCCCCAGGACGGGAUCCCCGUGGUUUGA